AUGGGGGACAAGGACACAGGGAGCUCACCAAGAACAGGAUUCAAAACACCUGCUAAAACAAUCAAAGUCACCGCGGAGUCUUCAACAAUAGAUGACCAAGAUACUGCAAAGGAUACUAGCGUAUUGAUUCCUACAAAAUCAUCACCAGUGGCUCCCUUGGGACCAUUGUCUGGGAAUGCUGGGUUCGAAAACCCUCAAAUCAUUGUUCAGAAAAAGAGAAAGCUUCAAUUGACGGCUGAUCCUGAUGAGGUUGAACAAAGUGCCACCAAGAUCAUCCCUUCAAAGUCUAGAUCUAGUAGUGUUGUUUCACAAAGAAUACCAUCGCUUAAUGAUAUAUCAAAACCUGAAUUAACUCCACCAAAGUUGAAUCUGUCCUAUCAAUCAUUUGAAGAACAAUCACCUGCUGCUGAUAUUAUCAAAACUUCUUCACCAAAGAAAACUACUACUUUAGAGAAACAAUCUGAAGAUCAAGAUGUAAUUGAAUCUCCAAUACGGCCUACAAAAUCAAAUUUAGAACUUCGUCGUGAAGAAAGUAAACUUGAUUAUGAGUUAAGACAAGCCAGAAAGAAAGUUGAAACUUUGAAAAGAGCUAAAGUUAUUCUUUCCAAGAAUGAUACUGAUAAAAAUCAAAAAUUAAUUGAUAAAUGGAGAGAUGCAGCUCAAAGAGCUUCAAAUUAUUUAUUAAAUGCAGCUAUAGAGAAAAUCAAUAAAGCUGGUGGGAAAAAAGAAUACGAAAAAAGAGAAAGAGAAAGAAAUAAUGAAAGAUUAGAAUAUAGUCUAGAUAAUUCUUUCCAAGAUCGAAUUUCUGAUAUAACAAAUUCUGAAGAAUAUGAUGCAUUACCUGAAAAGGAAAAGGAACGGAUCUUGGAAGAAUUAGAGAAUGAAGCUGAGAAAUCAAUGAGAGAAUUUGAAAAUGAAAUCCAAGAAAAGGAGAAAGAAUAUGAAGAUCAAGAUGAUGAUGAAUUUACUAUGAAAGAUCUAUAUAAGAAAUUAAAUCUUGAUUAUGAUUUGGUUUAUUCUGGUGAUGAGUAA